AUGGAAUCUGGGAAUUAUACAAGAAUUUCAGAAUUUCUUCUAAUGGGAUUUUCAGAGGAACCUGCACUGCAGCCCUUCCUCUUUGGGCUGUUCCUGUCCAUGUAUCUGAUCACUGUGCUUGGGAACCUGCUCAUCAUCCUGGCCAUCAUCUCAGACUCCCACCUCCACACACCCAUGUACUUCUUCCUCUCCAACCUGUCCUUCGUAGACAUCUGUUUCACCUCCACCACAGUUCCAAAACUGCUGCUGAACAUCAAGACACACAGCAAAGUCAUCAUCUAUGAAGACUGUGUCACCCAGAUGCACUUUUUCCUAUUCUUUGCAGGGUUGGACAAUUUUCUCCUGACUGUGAUGGCAUAUGACAGGUUUGUGGCCAUCUGUCACCCCCUGCACUACACGGUCAUUAUGAAACCCUGGCUCUGUGGACUACUGGUUCUGGUGUCCUGGAUCAUCAGUGCCCUGAACUCCUUGUUACAUAGCUUAAUGGUGUUACGGCUGUCCUUCUGUAUGCACUUGGAAAUCCCCCACUUUUUCUGUGAACUUCGUGAGGUGGUCCACCUUGCCUGCUCUGACACAUUUUCUAAUGACAUGGUGAUGUAUUUUUCAUCUGUGCUGCUGGGUGGUGGUCCCCUCACUGGUAUCGUUUACUCUUAUUGUAAGAUAGUUUCCUCCAUACGUGGAAUCUCAUCAGCUCAGGGGAAGUAUAAAGCAUUUUCCACCUGUGCAUCUCACCUCUCAGUUGUCUCCUUAUUUUAUGGUACAAGCCUAGGAGUGUACUUUAGUUCUGCUGCCACCCCAAAUUCACGCUUAAGUGCAACAGCCUCAGUGAUGUACAGCAUGGUUACACCCAUGCUGAACCCCUUCAUCUACAGUCUGAGAAAUAAGGACAUAAAGGGAGCUCUGAAAAGAUAUUUGGGAUGGAAACUAUAA